AUGCGGUACAUUCGUCGGCAGUAUCAAACGACCGAACCGACGACAUCAUCAAAUAGUCCGACCCUGGUAUUCCAGGAUAGCCUUGGACGCUGUACAUGCACCCGCGCCGCGUUACAGCUCGUACCUGGUGCCCAACCGGUAUUCCGUCCAAAAAAGCUUGUCCCAUACGCAGCCUUACGCGUGGUCGAUGCCGAACUCCAACGUUUAGAAGACAUGGGCGUCCUGGUGCCUGUGUCCUGUUCCGCCUGGGCAGCGCCGAUCGUCGUGGUCAAGAAGCCAAAUGGAUCCCUCCGCAUCUGUGCCGAUUUCUCUACCGGUCUCAACGCAGCCCUAGAGCCAAAUUGUUACCCGCUACCGAUCCCAACCGAUCUCUUCACAAUACUCAACGGUGGCACCUGUUUCGCAAAAAUCGACCAAGAAGACGCCUACCUGCAUAUUGAGGUCGCCCCUGAGUCACAAGUCCUCCUGACGAUCAAUACGCAUCGUGGUUUCUCUAGUACACCAGGCUUCCGUUUGGUGUCGAAACCGCUCCAGCCAUUUUCCAACAGACAAUGGACGCUAUGA